AUGGCUAUAUUUUGGGAACGAGUACUUGUUUAUUUUAAUUCACAAUUCAGCAGUGAAUCAAAUCGAAAUCGUAUUUCUUUGACUCACCGUUGGUCUGCUAUGCAAAAGGCAAUUAAUAAAUUCUGUGAUUUUCUUGAACAAAUUCAACUGAGGCAACAAAGUGGAACAACUGAGGCAAAUAUGGUCAUUGAAGCGAAGCGGAUGUCUCAUGCAAUACAGAAAAAACACUUCACUUUUGAUACAUGUUGGGAGAUUUUGCGCCAAAGUUGUAAAUGGAAUGAAUUUCGAUCAAAAAGAAGCAUGCAACCUAUUGAUCCAUGUUCACAUUCACCAACUGAAUAUGAGGCUUCUCAAUCCAACCAGAAUAAUGCGGUGCACGAACAACCAUCUAAUACAUCAACACGACCAAUUGGUACUAAGGCAGCGAAAUAG